AUGUUCAUCACAUUGUUAACUGUGUUUUGCUUAAUUAACAAUUUUUAUCUAUCAACAGCUUUGGCAUUGAAGAUAGUUACAUUCAAAAAGAAAAUGUAUCAUGGGGAUGUGGAAUGUGCGAAGCUGGCCUCAGCUUACUGCAACAAAAGAUGUUUGUUCAACCUAUGUGGAAAAAUAUUUACUAACGUUUUGAAUACAAUUGGAAGGGCAUCAAAACCAGAAGAAUUAUGCGUGAACUUCCAAGUGUGUAAUGCAACCAAAGUUUCGAAAUAUUUUACGGAGAGAGAUGAUAUUGAAAGCUGUAGAAAAUGCCAAGUUUUGAGCAAAUCAGUUUCCAAGCUGAUGUAUAGCAGAGAAUCUUCUGAAAGGCUGCACGAAUCAAUUCACUCUGGUUGUAGCUUCUUUGAAGAAUAUAAAGACCAGUGCAUAGACUACUCAAAAAGUCUUUUGGAUAACGUGAAGGAAAUUGUUCAUUUUAAUCUGGGUAAAGUUUGCAAGGUAUCAUGCCAAUAAAAAGGAUUCUUGUGAGUUUUGAGUGAAUCACUUCAUAAACUUUUGUUUUGGACAGUUUCUGAAUAAUAAAAAUGGAUUUUGAUAUUGAAUAAAUCAUGCACCGUAUAUUACAUUAAUAGUACUUCUUCGGGUUCAGAGUGGAACAUAGGGAGCAAUAACACACCUCCACUUUGUUUUAUUUUCUGCUUUCCUCUUCAUCUAGUCCCGCGACUGCCCAUAUUUUCUCAUCUCCUCUUUGCUACAAAAGCUCCUCUAUGUCACCCUCGCACCAACAACCAACUCGCCACUUCCUAUCCAGGUUCCACUCGACCAAUGGCCUGGCUAGCGGUUUCAUUCGAUGGUUUCCUCAGUGUGUACGCAACCCAUCUCCAGUUUCCCUACAUAUUUGUUGAACGAUAGGUUCUUGAUUAGAUUUUACCUAUAGUUUCUUGCUGUUAAUCCAUUUUGGCCAUCUGAUCUUCAAUAUGUAGCCAAUGAAGAUGGCAGCUGUUGACAAAAGUUUUCAGUAGCUUGUUCCAAAUACUUUUCGUGGAGCGGUAGUCAUGUUUUUGAUAUAUAUAGGGGAACUGACAGACUGACUCAAUAUUUGUAUUAAAGAUCAGAAUACUUUUUUAUGCUGACUAGGUGCAGAAGACUUCCGAACCCAUUUCAAAUUCAUGCAGGUGUUUCUUGCCUUUCCAAUUUUUAUCGUUGACACCUUCAUCCAUGAUGUCACCUGCAGUUGAAAAGAUGCUUCCUAGAUAAGUGAAAUAAGCGGCCUCUUUCAAGUUUCUCCCAUUGAUACUGACCGGUACUAGUUGUUGCUGCCGGUUGGUUAUCUUUAUCACCUCAGUCUUCACCUGUUCUGUGUUUACCUGUCUUCGCUGCCUGCUUCUUCUGUCAGCUUGUUAGUUACCGCCUAUAAGUCUUCGACUUAGCGUGACACUAGACAUAAGUCAUCCACGCGUGAAAUGCAGAUCUUCUUAUAUGCAGUCUUCGUAUAAAUACAACGGCAUACUCCUGUAUUCACUUCAAAGGCUUCGCUUCCAUUGUGGAACACCUGACAAGUGACAAUUUUAUAUGGCCAGCUGUUGAGUGAGGUGGGUAAAUAAUUUGGCCCUGCAUGUUAUAUUGAUGAAUUAGUUUCCAGAUUACUUCUCGGUCAAUACCAUCAGUAGAAGACCUUUUUGAAGUCAAUAAAGUCGAGAUAGGCAGGGGUUUGACUGCCAUUCUAUGCUUUGACCUGUGAUCAUGAUGAGUAGAAUUGCAGUUUGAUCAGCACACUUGCACUUUUUAUAGUAAAAAGUUAUUGGUGCACUUCUAAAUAAUUUCUUCUUAUAGCUUAACAAUGGUGGAUUUAUAAAGUGAAAAUCCCAGUACAAAACUGUAUUAGAUUCACCUUUAGUGAAUACCAGUAUAAAGUAGUUGACUGUAUUAUAAAAUGAAAAUAAGCGUCAUUAUGGAUCGUAAGUAUUAUGAAUGUCUAGUAGGCUUCAUUUGACAAAUCAUGUACAGCAAAAACUAAUACUUUUUUAGUCAUAACUUCGUUGUGAGGAAUAUCAGGUGUUACGGGUGAAUCUUAAAAAGGCGAAACGACGACUUGAGACUAAGAUAACCCCCUACGUCCAUACCAAGCCUCGUAAUCUUACAUAGAAAAUAACAAUUUUAAACACCAGGAAGCUAAACUGGAAACAACAGUACUUUGUCACUUAAAACUGCUAGCCAUUUUCAAAAUGUAGAUGGCUAAAAUGUAUUUGUGACUGAAUUUUUGUCAUUUAUAAGACUGGUACCCUCUAGUUUAGUACAUAAUUUUAAGCACAUACGAGUGAUUAUAUUGUCUGAACGUCAACAUUAUGUACAACGAGUGUGAUCCGGAUCACAUCAGUGCUGUAGGCUGAUGGUGGUAGAAACGUAGAAAUUUAGCAGCAAGAGAUAGUUAGCAGAUAAGAUUUAAUGAUUUUAUACAUUUAUUCCUCUUAAUGGAUUCGAAUGAAGCAAGAACAACAACUUUCGCAGAAUGAAAUGGCACUAUCUUUGCUGAUUUAGUUGGCUUCUCAUCAGUUGCUUGCCGGUCGAAGUCAUUAUUAAUAUAUCUACAGAAACAAUUUUAACAUACUUGCACCAAGUUCAAAUCAAUCAAUAUAUGCAUAAAGUAAUAGUAUACAUAUAUAUAAUAUUAAACACUAUUUUGAACAAUAAUGAUCAUACACAAUGGAAGCUCCUGACAUUACGUAAUCAGAUGAAAGAGAGGUGAAAAUAUCCAGCUACCAGGUGGGCAGGGAAAGACUGAUAACUGUUUCUUUCUGAAUGCAUAAAUUAGGUUUCAGGCGCUUGAUAGAGAUGGCUUCAGCAAACUUGAGGAAGAUUGAACUCUUUUGCUUGUUGUUAAUUUUGAACGAUCUUGCGACGUCCACUUCAUGACCCAUUUCAAAAAGAUGCCUGGCGGUGGUACUGUCUAAAACAUUUGUUCCCUUUAGACAUAAGUCUUUUGGUAUAGGUUCAUAAAAUCGUAGAUAUGCCCUUCUUUCUGUUUUUCAAUAUUACCGCUCCCGCAGUUACAUGUAAAUAUGUAUAUACAGUUGGAGUUAUUUUAAGUGAGUAGCUCUCUCAAAAGUCAAAACUCCGAACACAGUUGCCAUUCAUUCGGAGAUAAAUGAGGUUAACCAGAAUGACGAAUAUUUGUUGGCAGAGUCAGCAGCAGAUACAGGACUUCAGGUGAACAUAUAGACGACGGAGGAAAUUAAAAUACCCGAUGCCCGACAACAACAAGCUCCGAUCACUAUCAACGGAAGAAAUUUGGACGAGGUAAAUGCGUUCAUUUGUCUAUGGAGCAUCAUUUCAACUACAAGUGACACAGAUAAGGAUGUCAAAGCUAGACAGGAUCUGAAUGCAUGACAGAGCCUCAUUACUCUGUAAACGGUGUGGAAACUCUCUGCACUCUGUGUAUGCAACUAAUAUCAAGACAGUUUUUCUAGAUGCUUCAAUGAAUUGUCAUUCGCGUCAGGGGAAGCAUUUCCUACUCAAGAUCAGAAGGCUAGAAGAAGUUAGACACUAGGAACUUCGACAAAAAUAUGCCAAAGUGGAAACAAAACACACACAGGCUGAGGAGACCUUUGAGUGCCAUCUUGUGACAGAACUGUUAGUGGACCUCGAAUGAGAGACGAUAAGUUGGACGUCUGAGAAAGAUAUGAAGGAGGUUGUGUGAGGGAGAGAUUGGAGUUUGUGUUCCAUCAUUGAAACAGUUUAGAAGGACUACGGAUAACAGGAUGAAAUGGUGAGGUAGUCAUGAAACCUUCUACUCCACGCAGGAAACAAGGAAGUGAUAAUAGUAAGCAAUACUAAUUUACAACCUAUUGAGAAGUUAUAUAUAUAUAUGAGUACAUACAUAUGGCCUCAUUUGAAAAUUUUUAUUGUGUUAAUGAUGAGCAUAAAAACUAUUACAUUGCUUUUAUUUAUUUCAGAGUACGGUCAUUAUCAAAGAAAGU